AUGGCUCUAACACUUCGCUCUUCAAUUUCUUUAAUUAAUCAGAAGGAAACCAAAGUCCUUAAAACUUCUGAUGAUGUCCCUGCGAUAGUUAGUUUUGCAAAAUUUAAGCCAUCGUUCCAUCUCCGAGUGAAAAGUACCAUGCAAGAAGCACACCACACACGUGACAACAGCUUCAAUUCUGAAGCAAGGAGAAGCGAAAAAUGGGAGAAGGUGCAUGCUCCGUCGAUGGCUCAUAGUCACGGUGAUUCGAAGAGAGUACCUGUGUAUGUGAUGCUGCCACUAGACACGGUAACAACGGGAGGAAGCUUGAAUAAGCCUAGAGCAAUGAAUGCAAGUUUGAUGGCCCUGAAGAGUGCAGGAGUGGAAGGGGUAAUGGUGGAUGCUUGGUGGGGUUUGGUGGAAAAAGAUGGGCCUUUUAAGUACAACUGGGAACCCUAUGCUGAGCUUGUGCAGAUGGUACAAAUGCAUGGUUUGAAGCUUCAAGUUGUUAUGUCUUUCCAUCAGUGUGGGGGGAAUGUUGGAGACACUUGCAGCAUUCCUCUACCACCAUGGGUGCUGGAAGAAAUCAGCAAGAACCCUGACCUGGUUUACACAGACAGAUCAGGGAGGAGGAAUCCUGAGUACAUCUCGUUGGGCUGUGAUUCAGUUCCUAUUCUUAGAGGAAGGACUCCCCUCCAAGUGUACGCUGACUACAUGAGAAGCUUUCGUGACAGAUUCGGAGAUUACUUGGGCAGUGUCAUCGUGGAAAUACAAGUGGGCAUGGGUCCUUGUGGAGAACUGAGAUAUCCAUCUUAUCCGGAAACAAAUGGAACUUGGAGGUUUCCAGGAAUUGGGGAAUUUCAAUGUUAUGACAAGUAUAUGAAAGCGUCGUUGGCAGCAGCAGCCGAUGCCAUUGGAAAGAAAGAAUGGGGAGGAGGUGGACCCCAUGACUCUGGCCAGUACAAUCAAUUUCCUGAGGAUACUGGAUUUUUCAGAAGGGAAGGGACUUGGAACACAGAAUAUGGACGGUUCUUUCUAGAAUGGUACUCCGGUAAAUUGCUAGAACAUGGUGAGAGGAUUCUCGUAUCUGCCAAAGGAAUAUUCCAAACAUCUGGGGUGAAACUAUCAGGGAAAGUUGCUGGAAUUCAUUGGCAUUACAGAGCAAGAUCACACGCGGCAGAACUAACUGCUGGCUACUAUAACACGCGAAAUAACGAUGGAUAUAUGCCAAUAGCCAGAAUGCUGGCAAAACAUGGAGUUGUCUUCAAUUUCACCUGCAUGGAGAUGAAAGACAGAGAGCAGCCUGACUUUGCUAACUGCUCACCUGAAGGGUUGGUUCACCAGGUGAAGAUGGCAACAACAACUGCUAGAGCAGAACUUGCGGGAGAAAACGCAUUGGAGAGAUAUGAUGCAGAUGCAUAUGCUCAAGUUUUAUCAACAAGUAAAUCAGAAUCCGGUAGCGGAUUGGCAGCAUUCACUUAUCUAAGAAUGAACAAAAGGUUGUUUGACGGUGAUAACUGGCGGCACCUAGUGGAUUUUGUAAGAAGUAUGUCUGAAGGUGGUCGGAGAGAGAGACUUCCAGCAUCUGAUUCCCAUGGGAGUGAUCUUUAUGUUGGGCACAUCAAAUCAACACAGGAGAAGCACACACAAGAGGCUGUUCUGGUGUAA